CCCUUCUUUUUCGUUUUGGGGAUGUAUUUUUUUCAUUUUUUUUUUGGCAUACAUACACAACAGUAGUUCCUUGUCCGAGGCCCCACGCUCUGGUACGGCGGUGCCAACCUAUCGCUCCUGCAUCUAACCAUCCUUGCGUGUGCUUGGUACGUGGUUUACACCCUCAACGAUUCACCAACAACUGUCCAACCCAUCACAACGGCUACUAUUUCUCAGCGCGACCUCCGCUCUGGAGGGGAAAGCAGAGGUCUUCGCAGAGCGCCUGUCUGCCCUCCAUGCCCGCACCCGUGGGGGGUCUCACCUAGCUCGCUGUCUGUGCGCUUGGCGCGGAGAAGCGGCUCGCAUGCGUGUGGAACGCUCCAAGAACGUUACCGCUGGCGAUCAUGCCAGACGCAAGCUUAUGUCGCGCACCCUGGGCGCUUGGCGAGGAGAAACGCGGCAGCGCAUCAACAGCAGGGGCAGGAGGGAGGCGGACCUGAAGCUGCACGCUAUCUCGAAGGAGAUCAUAGGCCGCUAUGAGACGGAGCUAUCCAGCACACGGGCAGCUCUCGACGAUGCCAUCAGCCAGAUAGCCCUGGAGAAAGCGAGGCAGCGGGAGAUGGAGGAGGGCAUGCGGCGAACUCUCCUGAGGGGGAUGUCCGCCAUGAACAUGGAGGCUAUGAGGCUUAUGACGGAAGCCAGAGACGCAGGCGAGGACGAGUUCGGCCUUAGCGGCACGACGGCUACGACGGGUACGAGGUACUCCGCCGGUGGAACAGACGCACCUUCAUUCGGCGCCCGGGCGGCUACUGGGGCUGCCCAUCACAGCAGAUUAUCGGAGGAAUGGCCUCGACCGCUGACACCUCCGAGACCAGCUGUGCCGUCUUCGCGCUGAUCAUCAGCUGCCGACAGCUUUUCAUACGGAAUUCGGGGCCUAGGGGCCUCAGCGAGGAGCACUGGGGGGUUGGGUGGGGUCAUGCUCGCGUCAUUUCCAUCAUUCGCGGAAUCGUUUUAUUUUUGGAUAGAGAGGAGAAGCCCGGGUGUGUCUCGUUUGCCGGCGGGCUACAGUGGCUGAGACUUUUCUGUAUUCUAGGUUGUGUGGGGUGGCUCGUGUAUGUCUCCGCCGCGUACCCGUCGUUAUUUUCCCGCUGAGUAUCCGGAAUCUUUCGGGUUUUACCCGCAUGGCAAAAGGUAGUGCUGUGUACAUCUUGAUCUGUCUCCGAGACGCUCGUAUGCUCUACUCGUGCCGCUCGGUGAGUUGCACAGCAUGGUGGUCCCGGGCAGAGUGGGUGCUGUAGCAGUGCAGUCGACCGCCUGCAUCAGGGCUCUUGGUUGUGCGUUUUCGUACUUCGUUGAUUUGGAUCACUGCUUGAGCACAACCCCGUCGACUGUGGUAUUGCAUCAAACGGGUACGCCAUUCAGUGGUCCUAUGUACAUUUUCUGUUGAAACAUCAAGGGCUCUUACGCAUGCGGCCACUUGUUGAAGGUUUCGGCACAAGCUUGACAUUAUUGAACUGAGUUCACAACGUCGUAGCGACUAGGCUCUUCGUGCGGUGGGUUGCGUUUUGCUGUAUUGGUGGAGUCUGGAACGGUUGUUUCGUGUUUGCUUUUUCGCUGUGGGUUGCAUACCUGCUGAAUAGGUGGAGUCUGGAAGUGUUGUUGUUGUGCUUGGUUUUUUCUUUUUCGGUUACGGCGAAGGGUCGCUUUUGGCUGAGGGCUCGAUGCAUGCGGCGGUACGGUACGAAGGUGCUUGGGGGGGUCGCACUGCCGUGUUAACACACCACUCGAGCGUGCAUCCCGCUUUACGUGUGUGCGAGACAAGAAGUCGGAUUCUCAUGACAUGAAGGUCUUAGGGUAAUUAUGUUUGUGAUACUGCAGCUGUCCAGACUAUAGUUUUCGGAGCUCUGCUGACGGCCGAGGAUAACACGCUGAGAUGUUGAGGACGCUUAGAUGGACGCUUAGAUGUUGACUCCUCGUCGCGUCUUCAGGCUGAGAGUUGUCUGAUUUCAGUGGCCCGCCGAAGUCUUAUUUUGCUGUGUGGACCCGCCAGCGUAUUGGCUAUGCGAGCAGCCUCUAUUUCGUCGACCCCACUCACUGGAUUGCGAUCGAACGGACUAUCAAUGCCCUCUUUUUCGAC